GCACUCUAGCACGUUGCGAAGCCGCCGAGGUGAUUCAAAGAAAUCACUCCGUUUCUGAAUCGACGAUUUAUUUUUGAUAGUCGACCCGCAGAGAUUCCCAGCUGACCAAAGAAAUGGUGAUGGAGAAGCCAAGUGCCCAGCUGGUCGGGCGAGAGUUUGUCCGACAGUAUUACACGCUGCUGAACCAGGCGCCCGACUACCUGCACAGGUUCUACGGAAAGAACUCGUCCUACGUGCACGGCGGCCUGGACAACAACGGCAAACCGGUGGAGGCCGUCUACGGACAAUCGGAGAUCCACAAGCGGGUGAUGGCUCUGAGUUUCCGCGACUGUCACACCAAGAUCCGCCACGUGGACGCCCACGCCACCCUGACGGAGGGCGUGGUGGUGCAGGUGAUGGGCGAGCUGUCCAACAACAUGCAGCCCAUGAGGAAGUUUAUGCAGACCUUCGUGCUGGCGCCCGAGGGAACCGUCGCAAACAAGUUCUACGUCCACAACGACGUGUUCCGCUACCAGGACGAGGUGUUCGGGGACUCCGAUUCGGAGCCUCCAGAAGAGUCCGAGGACGAGGUGGAGGAGCUGGAGGAGAGGGUCCCCUCCCCCGACGCCGCCCCGGUGGAGUCCGCCUCCUUCUACGCCCCCACGGCCUGCUCGGAGCCGACGGCUCCCGGUGACGACGAGGAGGACGACGAGGAUGAAGAGGAGGAGGCCGCCUGUCCCGAGCCGGAAGCGGAGAAGGCCGCUGCGGUCGUGGAGCUGAAGCCGGACGCGACGUCGCCGCCGGAGACGGACACGAACGCGUCCGACGACCAGAAGGAGAAGAGCGCCGCCGCCACGCCCGCCGCGGAGCCCGUCGCCGCGGAACCCGCCGCCCCCGCCCCCCCCACCGCUCCAGAAGAAAACAGGCCGUUCUCCUGGGCGUCCGUCACCAGUAAGAACCUCCCGCCCAGCGGCGCCAUCCCCAUCUCGGGGAUCCCCCCCCACGUCGUCAAAGUCGCCACCGCAGCGCCGCCCAGAGCUGAGGUGAAGUCAGAGUCCCAGACAGCAGCACAGAGACCACAGAGGGACCAGAGGCCGAGGGAACAGAGGCCUGGGGGGCCACCGCCGGUGCACCGAGGACCCCGACCAGUCCGUGAGGGCGAGCCGGGCGAGGCCGAGGGCCGCCGGGUCGUGCGUUACCCCGACGCCCAGCAGCUGUUCGUGGGGAACGUCCCGCACGAUGUGGACAAGACGGAACUCAAGGAGUUCUUUGAGCAGUACGGUACGGUCCUGGAGCUCCGGAUCAACAGCGGAGGGAAGCUCCCUAACUUUGGCUUCGUGGUGUUUGACGACUCCGAGCCGGUCCAGAAGAUCCUCGGCAGCCGGCCCAUCAAGUUCCGAGGAGACGUCCGGCUGAACGUGGAGGAGAAGAAGACCCGGUCGGCCCGAGAGGGCGACAGGCGGGACAUUCGGCCCCGCGGCCCCGGGGGCCCCGGAGGACCCCGAGAGCGGAUAGGAGGAGGAGGAGGAGGACGGGGCGGAGGAGGCGGACCCCGAGACCCCCCCACCCGCGGAGGCAUGGCGCAGAAGCCCAGCUUCGGGUCCGGGCGCGGCGCCGGGCCGAGCGAGAGCCGCUACCCCGCCCAGCAGCGCCAGUGAGGGGAGAGAAACCCGCUCUGCCUCGAACCCACGAGCAAGAGCAACGAGCUGGAUUCAAACCGAGUGGUUUUAAUUCAUUUCUUUAUUUUUUUUACCGCAGCAGGAACAGAUUAGACAUUAAAUAUAACUCGACUCUACGCUGCGGAGCGAGGAGGAAGGAGGUCAACACACACACACUCUGACACGCCUCCUCCUCGCUCUCCUCAGCGUGAGCCUUUUUAAGUAUUUGGGGGUUUCCGUGAGUAAUUGUUUGGUUAAAGGUUUUAACCGUCGAAUCACCGCCGGCUCCUCCAACAACCAAGAUGGCCGCCGCCUCCUGCUGCUAUUUUUUAGUCUCCCUCUGAGGAAUCCAGAAUGUCGCUCCUCCUCUUUUUAAAUGUUUGUUUUUAACCCCGUCUCCUCCCUACCAACACGUGUAUUACCUGGACGUCUUUAUUUCAUUCUUUCCGUGUCAUUUUAUUUUCUGUUCAUUUUUUUUCACGCUGAUUUGAAUUUAUUAAGAAACUAAAAGUCAAAACACGCAAACACACAAGAAUAAGAAGAAGGGGGUAAAUACUACUUGAAUUGGGGCGACCCCGAGGUUAGUUGUUUUUGUUUCCGCGUUCUCUCCCUGUUUCUUAAAGGAACGUGUACUUUACUGCUCGGGCAAUCCUGUGUAUUGCUGCCGCCGGCGGACCCGGCCGUCUUGGUUCUGCCGGGCCGGGAGCCGGACGGCCGUGUGUUUUAUUUGAGCGUCGGCUUGUCAACGCGUCGGAGCUUCUUCAUGUCCUCCUGUCCACACAGACGAGCUCGCCUGAGAGAACUAAAUUAAAAGUGAUUUACUGUUUUAAACCCGCC